AUUUUUCAUAUCAAAAACUUGCAAGCAGCAGGUCAGAGUACACUUUCCAAAGAUGCUAUUAACGGAAAUUGUCCUGCGUGCGUCUUAAAUAAUUAAUAAAGAAACGCGCGGUUACGAUUGUUUAGGCUCGCGUGUGGACAUACAUUUUGUACGCAUUAAAUCUGAACGGUAAUAACAAUGGGGAGUCAUUUGUUUGGCUGUCAUAAUGAAAAAAAUAAUGAAAUGGAUGAUGCAAAAGUGAAUAAUUGUUAGAAUAGAAUUUCAUUUGAAAUAGAAUCAAAACGCUGUUUAACGGAUAGGUCAAUAGCUGGAGAAUAAACUUCGCAUUUUAUUAAUAAAGGGGCUGUUAUGUGCCAUAAAUUAACUGAAAGUUAUCUGUUCAUUUGCUGUUAUAACUGGAAGGGCUUAUUGAAGGACAUGAAUUUCAGCUGAUUUAUGUAAGGAUUUUGUACUAUCCGAACAUGGCAACUCGUGUAAGGACUAGAUCUCAAGUGAUGGAGGCUAAAUCAACAACAGACAAUUUAGAGAAUAUCAGCCGAGUUUUGAAAAAAGUUCGAGACUAUGCCAUCCUGGUAUUUGCAUUCGUCCUCUACAGACUGGCUCGUUUAAUUGUUCUCACAUUCCAGAAAUUUACAUGGGCCGUUACCGGAGUUGAGAAAACCAGACGAGAUGCAAAAAGUGGUCUCAACUUCCGGUCCGGUGCGCAUGUACAGGAUAUAAAAUGGCGGAGAAAAAUCCAUCCACUAGUCAUUGCAGAUCAGUCAAAUUUCAUAACAUUCCAUAACUCAUUUAAACAUCCAAAGUAUGUGUUAAAACCACAUAUCUCACUUUAUUGUGUUACUAAAACCGAAGCAGUGUUUGUUGAGACGGAUGAAAAGCUCGACGUACAUUAUAAUACAGACUCUAACUUUUAUACAACACAGUUUAAACACGCUAAAAGGAUGAUAACAAUGCCGCUAGGGGUGUUUCACAAACUCGCACAGGAUACUGGAGAUCCUCGGGUACCAGUAGUUUUGAUAUCAAAUACAGGAAGAUGCGGGGCUACGUUACUGAGCAGAAUGUUUGAGCAAGUGCCUGGAACAAGAAUUAUCCAAGAACCAGACUGUCUGACAACACUUGCAUUCUUAAAGCGGUCUGGUUCCCUUUCUGACACAGAAUAUGACAAUGUGCUAACAAGCGCAAUUCGUUUGCUUUGCAAACCAGACGACAAAACAAACAUGCUCAUAAUUCGUUCACGACCAUGCUGUUGUGUACAGAUUAAAACGAUACAAAAAUUAAUUCCAAGAAUCCGUCAUAUAUUCUUAUACCGAAAUAGCCUUCGAACUGUUUCUUCAUACAUUGGCACUAUGUCAAAUGAUACAACUGCUCAGUGUGCUAGAUUUUUGAUCGACAACGCAGUUCUAGGGACAUUUUUUCCAUUUCUAAGAAAAAUAUUUCACCACUAUUUCGUACACACGCUUGAUCAAGAUCCACCUCUGACCAAUCCGGCUGAUCUUACAACCGUAGGAAUGUUUUCAAGCGUCUGGGCCGCUUGUGUCGCGUGCGCCGUGGAGUGUACGGAGAAGAACAUACCAAUCAUUUCCGUCCUGUAUGAUGAGAUGAUGAAAAGCCCUUGGCGUAGCUGUAGCGUCCUGUUUGAAAAACUGAACAUCCGGGCUCAGUAUGUGAACGCUGCCACACAAGCUUUUAAAGUGGACGUAAAUAAAAAUCAAGACGUAUGUCAAUCAUUUAUGAAUACUGAUUCUAGAAGAACCAUUCCACCGGAAAUGCGUGCCGAAGCGGACGCCAUUUUGAGAAAAUACGGGUUUCCAAAGCUAGGGGAAAGAUUCGAAUUAAAUGGGUUAACAAGUUUUGAGCCACCACCCUUUAGCAAAACUCUGUCCAGGGAUAAAAUGUUAUUCUAAAAAUAAUUAUUAAAGAUGUAAACGAAGUAUUAUACCUAUGUUUGUAUGCAUGUACUGUAUCAUAUUGAACUCUGUUCUGACGUUUUAUGUAAAAGAUCUCCUUUCCACUUGAACUUCUUGUCGGUUAAAUACAUAUUUAUUGUCAACGAUUCGACACUGCGGCCUUGGACCAUAUAUCACUGGAAAAAACAUUCAAAGUGACUGUUUCAUAAGAAACUGAAAAAAAGUAGUUCACCAGAAACGCAAUAAUAAUACUGCAGCGGCGUUUGUCGCUGCAAGAGAAAUAACUAUAAGACUACAGACAAUAUUUAACCUAUUGUUUUCUGUCCCUUUCGCAGCAUUCUAAUAUGACAAUACAGAUGAAUGCACCAACGAGGUUAAAUGUUAAACAUAACAUGGCCUCAUUAUCAUUUCCAUAAGGAAAACAUUUAGACAAGAAAAGCUGGUACAGCCAAAAGAAGCCUUCUCGGUCAAACGUUUGUCUAAAGUAAAAUGUACGCGGUUCAAGACUUGUGACAAAAAAGUAACAAGAAAUACACGCUAUUAAUUUGUAUCGGGUUUAAAGCAUGCAAUUAUCUAGUUCAAUGGUAUUGCUAUAGCCUUGUGAUUAAGAUGCGAUUUUAUCGCAGUUUUGAGGAAGGUAAUGACAUGAAUAAUUAUAUUGAUACUACUAGUGGAAAAUUAUUGUAAUAAAAAAGAAACUCGUUUCCAAUAUAAGAA